AUGGAUUGUACCGGUUCUAUGGCAUGCCAUAUUGAUGCUGCUAAGAACUGUAUCCUUAAUGUGGCAAAAUACAUGGAAGAUAUGAAACCGAGUAUUAAAAUUCGUGUCGGUUUCUGUGGCUAUCGCGACUACUGCGAUGGUGCUGACCGCCUGCUGAUUUUCCCCUUCACUGACUCAUGCAUGAAUUUAGAAAAUGACUUAUCUACUGUUUUAGCCAUGGGUGGUGGAGAUAUCCCUGAAGACGUCCUAGGAGGUCUUGAUGCAGCCGUAAACCAAAUGACCUGGCAAAAUAAAAUCCGCGUUCUUUUCCACGUCGGUGACGCUCCACCACAUGGUCGUCGUUUCACUAGCAUGACUGAAGAUUAUCCGGAAGGCGACCCAAAUCAUCUAACUGCAGAAAAUGUACUAGAGAAAAUGCAAUCGGAAAACAUCUUCUACUUUUUUGGUAAGAUCAAUAACCUUACCGAAAAGAUGGUUAAUAUAUUCCAUAGUAUAAUUGGAGAUUUUUCAGUGUUUGAUCUCGAGAUCGUAGAAGGAAACCCGGAAGCAUUGAUCUCCAAAUUUUUUGAAGCUACUUGUUCAGCGAUCAACACUGCUGUUUCAUUGAGGGAGUAG